CCUUUGUUGGUUGAUGGAAUUGCAAAAAAGGUCAAAACCUCUUUCGCAUUUUAUGUUACGCAACGGGCCCUGGAUUUGAUUAAGGGUUUCUUUAAUUGUUUUUUUGUUAAAUUAUUUUUCAAGCUGGGAAGCCAAGGUUCUUUGCUGAUUCUGACGAAUUGAAUUUCGGGAAGAAAAUGGCGAGUAUGGUGAGGAGCUGCAUUCAAUCGUUAUUGAAGCUGGUCAACUCGGUCAUUGGAAUGGCUGGGUUAGCCAUGAUUCUUUAUGCUGUAUGGAUGAUUAGGUAUUGGCAGAGAGAGACAGGCGAGCUUCCCUUUGGUGGAGAUUCUGAUUACCCUUCUCCCUGGUUCAUUUACACCUUCCUUGGCCUUGGAGUUGCUUUCUGUGUGAUCACUUGCAGUGGUCAUGUUGCUGCUGAAACUGCUAAUGGAUGUUGCCUUUACUUGUAUAUCUUGUUCAUCCUCAUGCUCCUCAUGCUAGAGGCUGCAGUAACCGUUGAUGUACUUCUAAACCGGGACUGGGAGAAGGACUUUCCAAAGGAUCCCAUGGGAAAUUUUGAUCGGUUCAAGAAUUUUGUUAGGUCAGACUUUGAAAUGUGCAAAUGGAUAGGCCUGUCAAUUGUUAUUGUACAGGGGCUCUCUUUAUUACUGGCAAUGAUACUCAGAGCUCUUGGACCUCAUCAGUAUUAUGACAGUGAUGAUGAAUAUGCUCCAGAAAGAGCUCCACUCCUGAACAAUCCUUCCUAUCCACCUCCAUAUGUUGUUGUUGAUCCUGGAUAUGGAGCAAAGAGAUGAUGGGAAGAAUGUAAAGAUUAGUGACAAGUUGUCGUAAUCUUGUUCAGUUGGACCCCCAGCAUUUGGAGUUUGUUGCAGGAAGGCAAACCAAGUCUCUUUCAGAUCAUCAACUGGAAAUGGAAUAGCUACUGAAUUGAUUGGAGAAACCAAACUAUUAAUUACAAAUUUCAUACACCAUACUCGUGGCUUUUUCAUUCUCUUUGUUGCAUUGUAUUGAUCCGUGUCUUGUUGUGAAUAAAGUCCCGAACCUCUUAAAAUCUCCCUGCACCUUCUGCUGAAAGCAAUAUAGCUAGUAGCUGGAUGUCAGACCUACACGUGAACAAAUAUUCUUUGAAUAACUUGUUCGCAAUUCCAUGUUUUCAUUAUGACUAGAGAGUUAAGGGCAUGAUAUAUGCCCGCAGCACCCAUGUGAGUA